UGUAUUUUGCGCAGACCAUGCGUUCAGACCCCCUGUGAGCACAAUUUCUGUGCAGUCUGCCCGACUUCAUACUUCCAGCAUACAUUCAAGCGUGGCAUAUCAAGUUUGCCGUGUCCAGUGUGCAAGGCUGACACAAAGUACGAACAAAUCACAAAGAGUCCCUUCGUACUGACAGUACAACUCGACAACCUGCUGGUUAUUUGUAGCAAGUGCCAAAAAAUUGGAAAAUUGGAAGAGGUCAUCAAUCAUGCAUGCGGUCCAAUUAAUCCACUUAUUCCAAAGUUCACAAUCGUCAAGGCAGCACAAAUUCAAUCGAAUGAAUCUGAAACAGAAAAAAUUGCUGAAGCUGCAAAAGUACUGAAAGACCUGACCAACUGCCACAAGCAUGGAGACCCCAUACCGAAAAUUGUUGAAGAUGUUGCUGACAAGUGGACUUGGCUCAAGCUAAAUCGUGCAACUGCAAUAACAACUGGUGGUCGGCCUGCACAUAUACAAGUAACACAAAGAAGUCAACUGUACCCUCUGAUCGUAUGGAAUCCACUGAUGCUGGCACAAAGACUCGGCCAUUAUCAGCAGAAACUUCCCUCAUUAUGAUGCGAGACUGCAAACUGGCUUGGACUCAGCUUAGGAAAUUGAGAAGGUACAGUACGAGAUACAUGUAACAGUGGUGGGAAUCCAAUCCAAUAAGUGAUACUGCAUAUUGUGUGAAAAUCACAUGUUCAAUCCUGAAGACUUGUUUUUUUUGGGGGGGGGUGUUGAGGGCAAGCCUACACUUAUCAUUUACUGUUUACAGACUUCGGUUGUAGUGGAAACAAUUUCAAUUUUUCCAGUGUGUUGUUUAUUUACAGGUACCUGAAUGACUCAAAAUGUCUGCCAUCAGAAAGAACUUUGAGGACUGAACAGAAGCACCUUCUUAAGGACUACCUUCAAGGGGAAACGGCUGAACUCCUUUUCACCAGUGAUAAGGCUGAUGGAGUAAACGGUCUCUCUACAAGACCUGUUCCCUUUGCUUUUGUUGGAGACCUCACAGAGAUGGUAUUGGAUUAUUUGGAUCGACACCAACGGUAAGAGGUUAAUAACUGUGCACAAGCAUGAAAAAGAUUUUGCCUUAUAAGUAAAAUCAGCAAAGAGACACCUGGUGUCUGCUAUCUGAAGGGGAAAAACACUUAAAUUUUUGACAGCCUAUAGCUGUUCCAAAAACAGAUGAGUUAACAUAAAAUAUGCAUUAAUCAGGGCUCGUCAAUGUCUCUUCCAACAGAAAUGGUACUCUGACGUGGCAUGGGGGAGUUAUUCCUGAGGAUGAAGUAUGGAUAAAAGUCGGGGGGGGGGGGAUAAGGGUGGCUCUUCCUUCAAAAUGGCAUUCCAAAUUGUCAACGUUGAGCACCCAAACUCCCUUCGAAACACUGUGGUGUUUGCCUGCUUUGAGGCGAAAGACUCCCUGCCGAACAUCCAACGGGUCCUCCCUCCAACCUUCCAACAGAUUGCAAAACUGGGAUCUGCAAAGUGGCAACAGCGGUCAAUUCGCUUGUUCUGCUUCGGUGACUAUGAAUUACUGACCAAGUUGUAUGGCAUAUGUGGAUGUAAUGCUAGCAAAGCACAAAUGAAUGAGUCUUGGACAGAGAGAGAUGCAUAUCCAUCACGUACAAUCGAAUCAAUUGAAGCCAACUACGAUCGCUUCCUGCAAGAUGGAGGAAACCAGCAUCGUGCUAAGGAUGUUUCUUGUAGCAUUGUUCACCGUCCUCUUAUGCCGAUUGCUAUUGACCAUGUCAUCCUGCCAACACUGCAUAUUUCGCUUGGUGUCUUCAAGAAAUUGUUCGAUGCUUUUGAAAGUGCUUGUCACAGAGUGGACAUGCAGUUAUUUCAGGUUCGUGUGGCAACAGAGGGCCAAGAGCAGAAAAAUUACUUUGACUAUCGCAUCCGUAAUGAAAUAGAGCGACAACAAAAAAUCCAGAAAGACCUCGAGGAGAAACGAUUACAGCUGAUUGAUGCUGAAGAUGAACUACCCCUACAUGUGCUUCGGACUACAAAAGAAGACAUGGAUGGUGCUUUCCUCGAGAUAGCAAACAAGGCCUUCCGACUUCAAGUUGAGAUUUCAAGACUGGAGAAAGAGGCUAAAACAGUGGAACUUCCAUUUGCCACUGGACCAAUUGCAAGUUCUUUGGACACCAUUCUUCAGCAACAUCGAGUGCAGAGACAAGCUUACCAUGGAAAAGCCUUCGUUGGCAAUCAUGUCCACAAGUGCUGCGAGCCCCUUGUUAUAAAAGCACUCACCGCUGUUCCCCUUGAGGUGGCUGAGAAAAGCCUGACAGAUGACAUCCCCUUGGCAGCACAUGACAAACUGCGACGUGAAGCUGCUCACAUUGGAGUACACUUCCAGGAGCUCUUCAUGAAGUUUGCCGAUGUUCAUAAGGGCAUAAACCACAGCUCUGCAGUAACGCAACAGCAGAUAAACUGCAUUGAGACAAGUAUAAGGGACUUCAUGGCAGCCUACAGACAGCUUUUCCCAGAUCUAAUUACUCCGAAACUUCACCUGCUGGAAGAUCAUGCAGUUGAGCAAUUAACUAGAUCCAAAGUGGGGUUUGGGUUACUAAAUGAACAAGGGGGGGAACUGAUACAUACAGAAUUCAACCGUACCGGGAGGGUUGUACAAGGGAUGAGGGGAGAACUGCAGAAGCUCAUGGCCAUUAUGCGCCGCCAUCAUGUUGCCACAACUCCUGAAAGAGUCAAGAAAGUUCUGACCCCUCUGACGAAAGUGGGGAGUCUUCUCCUGCAGAUGACACGUCUAGUGACGAUGUCCACAGCAGUAGUAGCAGUGACGAUCGGGGCCCUGUCCACAAACGAGGGAGAGGAGGGCGAGCAGGGAGAGGGCGGGGAGUAG